AUGACGCUCGGCACUAUCCUAUAUGUCUCGGUGCUCCUCAUCAACUCUCUCGCUAUCCUGAACGAAGAACGUUUCCUUGCACGCAUCGGAUGGUCAUCAUCACAACUUCAGCCAGGUGCUGGUGGCUUUCAGCAGCCCUACGAGCAGCCAGGGUUCGCGGGCGGACAGGUUGACAUAGGCUUCAAAGGGCGGCUGAUAACUCUCAUUAGUGCGGUGCGGACCCUCAUGCGAAUACCGUUAAUUGGCAUAAAUCUGCUCAUCAUCCUGUACGAGCUAACACUCGGAGGCUAG